UUUGCCUUAUAUAGAAACACCAGCCCAGCCUUGACGGCGCAGCGAGCCUAUCAGAGCGCUGGAGGGGCGGGGCUUGUUUUUUAGGGCUGAAGCCAGAGCGAAGUACAGCAGUGGGGCAUUAAAGCACCUGAGAAACACGCUUUAACACGCACUGCUGCGCACUAACUAGGGAAAGUUGCAUAGGCUACGUGCAGCGCUGGAAUCAUCACCAAUGGCUCAUUCUGUACAAAACAACUCCGUGGACAUGUUAUUCCUGGAUAUUCAAAGCUGAUAUUUGAAGCUGGAGAUUUUUUGAUUUUAUUAUAUAUAUUUUUAUACGUCUCCCACCUGUCAAGUGUAUCAUUAAUAUGCGAUUUUUAACGGACCGGGUUGAUUUCCACACUGGAGAUUUUGGAUACGCGUUAAAUGUCAAACGGGAGCAGCUGGCACGGUGUUCAAAGUGACUCAACAACCCCUCUGGAAUAAACUUUCCUGCAGCUGAGAGUGUGUGUGUGUGCUUGACAGAGAGAGAGAGACAUUUGGAUGUGCGCGCAUGAUGAGCUCGCGCCUGCUGCUGCUGGUGCUCGCGGCGCUCGCGGCGUGCCUGCGGUCCGGUCGCGCGCAGGGGGACCCUCUUCCUCCAUCUCUGGUGGAUUUAGUAAUGAACAGCCCAAUUUCAACUGUAGACGAUCUGAAGAAACUUUUGGAUGUAGAAUCCGUAGAGGAAGAUGAUGAGAAGCCAGAGACCGAGAUGCACUCGAACGGAACACACAAACGUCUUCCCAGAAGCCUUAGCAUUCAGGUGGCCCAGCAGGCUAUGUGUAAAGUGAGGACAGAAGUUAUGGAAGUGACCCGUGCGAUGUUUGAUAGACGAAAUGCCAACUUUAUGUUAUGGCCUUCAUGUGUAGAAGUGCAGCGCUGUUCAGGCUGCUGUAAUGCUCGAACUUUACAAUGUGUGCCAGUCAUCACUGAAACGCGACAUCUACAGAUAACAAAAAUCCAGUAUAUCAACCGACAACCAUCCUACGAGAAAGUUGUCAUACCCGUGGAGGACCAUGUGACAUGUAGCUGUCAGUUACGUGUCCCAGCACAACCACCACGUGUCCAGACCACACCCCUUCCCCCGCCCAGACUCCUCCCUAAAGUAACUCCACCAAAGACCCAAUCAAAAGAGGAGCUGCACCGCAAUGAUGAACUAAAACAUAACCAGCAGCUUCAUUUGGAGGACAAAGAAAGUCAAGAACUACAAUGGCAGUCCAAAUACACUGUCGCACACACAGACAGACAAACCCCACACCAACACACACUCACACACACGCCAGCUUAUGCCAGCCGAGGAGAUUUUCCCACCAGACAGACUACAUUGGGAAAUCCACACAUGAUGAGUGAUGCAACACAAACAGAGGAGGCUGAUCACAUCAAAUCUGAACACAGUGGUGACGACAUGGCCAAAAAGACUACCUACAAACAUUCACAUGAGGAACAACCAUUCAACAGGACGACACCACAGCAACCAAAAUCUCCAUCGCAAACUUCUGUCCAAUCAGAACGUGGCAUAAGCAGCCAAUCAGACACUCUUACACGCACUUACAGCCAUGUUGAAGUGAUUGGCCAAUCAAGCGGCUUAUCAGAAGUACUAACCCAUCAGUCUGACCAAUCAGAAGUUAGAAAACGUCACCACCACAGCCACCAAUCAGAAAAACAAGAGGAAAUGCAUCAUCUCCGUCACCAACACCACCAACAUCAUCAACGUCACCAGUUUACAACACAAGCAGUUAGCAAACAACAGACUAGCACACAAAGAACAGUGAUGAAAGCUCCUCCCACCACGCCCUCAGCCCCACAGACUCCGCCCCCUCUCCCGUCUCCACGAAAACGGAGACGGAAACAUCGGAAAAGGAUCAGCAAGGCUUCCAUGAGAGCGAUGAUAAUGGUAAUGUCCUGAAGAAGACCAAGACUCUGCAAACUGCUGCCAAAGUCCCAGGAGCGAGCACAAAGCUGGGAUUCUGGGUGGAGACACACAGGAUAUAGCAGAGACACACUGGAAAUCUUUUUAUAAUAACUGGAAAUGUCUUUGAUCUUUGCCAAAUAAGCUCCCCUGAACUACAUUUCCCAUCAGCCACUGCAGUUGUACGGCCUCUGCGCUACGGGAGCUGCUCAUACUCAGGAUAUCCUGUUAGCAUGGACUUAAAAAGGAUUCCAUAUGGACGCAAACACAGCCUGCCAAAUAGUGAGACUGUAUUUAAAACACAACAUGGUUGUGCUCUGCCAAAAACACUUCAUUCAACACAACGACUGCCAAAUGUGGUGCAAUAUUGACUUGAACUACUGGUUGGCCAAGAGUUUGGCUCAAAUCAGUGAUUAGUGAUUAGCUACGACAAAGUAGCCUUUAAAUGCCAAUGAAUGUCGUCGACCAAUGGUGGCUCGGGUUGGACAGUUUAUCCACUGGAGGAACUACUGGAAGAAGAUGCAACUGGAAGCUGUUGGACUUUAAAAUCGGACUCUCAAAGAGGAGAAACGAAGCUCAGGACUUCCAGACUAGUAUAAAAUAUAAUUAAUUAUUACAAACUCAUCUCAAAACCUAUAAUCUGUACAUUUGUCAAACUAUUUAAACACUCCAAGUUUAUUAAACAAAAAAAAGUGAAAUAUAUCAGCUGGCUAGAUAUAAAAUCAAGGAGUUAAAGCACUUAACAAAAAAAAUUAAAUAAAAAAAUGUUUUUGGACAUUUACCAUGGUUAUAUAAUGGUAUUCGUUGAAGUACUUUGGAGUACCAUGUAUAGACCAUGGUAUAUGAAUAUGGUAAUCCAUCUGAUGCCAUGGUACCGCCUCAGUACUUUUCGUCUAAGGAUCUCUCAGCCUAAGUAGAAAUCUGUUUUAUGGCAAUAUAUGCAAAUUACACAUAUGGUAUACAAGUUCAUAUAUAUGAGCAUUAUCACACAAGUAGCAGUGCGAUAUGUUUGUAUAUCGGCACUGGUGGGAGGUGUGCGUUGGCUCGAGUCAACAGGCCGAGUGCCUUAGUGUCCCACCAGUGACGAUAUACAGCCAUAUUGCACUGCUACUUGUGUGAUAUUGUGUUUAUACAACUGUUCGAGGGCAUAAUCGUGUAUACAUAUAAGAAUGUAUACAUAUAAGAAAAUCAAACACAGUGGGUCUAAAAACUCUUUUGUAUGAGGAACUACUUCCUUCCGCCACUCAGUCAUGUCUGCAGGUAAUAUCAGCAGAAGCUGUUGUUACGUUUUUGUAGCAAGUAUUUGAGUGAUUCUCUUGCGUAAUGUCUAAAGUGAUGACAAAACAGGUGAUUUUGCCCACAUUUUAAGAUUAUAAGACUGAACGGCAUGAAAUGCCAUCAGUCUACAGAGAUUUCCCAGUAUUUCUCUG